UCUUCAACUGAAAUUUCAAGCAUUGCACAUGCAAUUAGUUGUUUCAAGAAUCGCUCGCGUUUAUUGAAAAGGGAAGAGUGAUUUCAGCGGUUCAUAUCCCCUCAUAUUCUCUCAGCAAAUCAUCAAAUCAUUCAUCGGGUGUUUAUCAGUUAAACCUCAAAACACAAUCGGGACACAGGUCAUUGGUUUUCAACGCGACUGGAAAGCUCCGGCGAAAGUACUUUCAACGUUCAGGAAAGAGGAGAAAAGAGGCUCAGAGAUUGCUGAAAUACCGAAACACAAAGGAACUUCAAGAGCCUUCACUCAACUGUAUUAAACACUACCCUACAAGAUAAAUCGAGCAGAAAUAUGGCGUUGGAGUUAAUAGUUCUUGCAGCGCUGGUCAUAACCGCUGCCCUCUUAUACAGUGUACUUUCACAUCGAAUGGAGAACCCAAAACUCCCUCCUGGUCCAGUUCCUCUCCCAAUCAUUGGCAACAUGCUUCAAAUGGGAACAAAACCGCAUCUUGGCCUAACGAAACUUGCAAAGAAGUUCGGCAAGAUAUUUCGACUUACUGUCGGGAUUCAUCGGAUAGUGGUUGUGAACACCAUCGAUGUUGCUCGUGAAGCACUCGUAAAGAAGGCCAACGACUUUGCAGGCCGACCGCGACUUUACACGGCGGAUCUCAUUUCCCGAGGAGGCAAAGACAUUGCAUUUAGUGACUUUACUCCCACAUGGAAAUUGCAGAGAAAAAUAGCGCAUUCCGCGCUGAAAAUGUUUGGGCAAGGUAUCAAGCCCAUUCAGGAGAAAGCAUGUCAGGAGAUUAACGAACUUAUCAAACGGUUUGAGUCGGUCGAAGGGCGCGCGCACGACCCUCAACAUGACAUCAUCUUGGCUGUGAUAAACAUCAUCUGCGCAUUCGUGUUCGGUUCGCGCUAUGAUUUGGAUGAUCCUGAGUUCUACACCAUUCUCCACUACAACGAGCAGUUUGUUCAAGGAUUCAGAGCUGGAAAUCUGGUGGAUUAUUUUCCGUGGUUACGCCACUUUCCUAGUAAGGGGGUAACACUCAUCAAGCAGGCUGUCAAAGACCGCGACACCAUCUUACAGAGGAAGUUUGACGAGCAUAAGAGCACGUAUCAAGAUUGCGUGACGCGUGACCUCACUGAUGCCUUGAUUAAAGCCAUGCACGAGUCUCAUGCUGAAAAUCCCGGAAGGUCAUUACCAAUAUCCGAAGAUCACGUGGUUUUAACCAUGAACGAUAUCUUCAGCGCAGGCCUAGAGACCACCUCCACAUGCGUGCUGUGGGCGCUUGCGUAUUUAGCUCUGAAUCCUAAAGUGCAAGAGAAAAUCCAUCAAGAAUUGGACGACGUAAUAGGGAGGGAGCGCCUGCCAGAAAUGUCAGAUAAGCCAAACUUGCCAUAUUUGGAGGCUACUAUAUAUGAGGUGUUGCGUUACAGUUCUCUGGUCCCGUUACUGUUCCCACAUUCAACAACAACUGAUACGAAUCUCAAUGGAUUUGACAUUCCUCAGAACACAAUUGUGCUCUUCAAUGUCUGGGCUAUGCAUCACGAUGAAAGGGAAUGGGACAAGCCACAUGUAUUUGAUCCUUCACGUUUUCUCGAUGACGAUGGCAAACUUAUUUGCCCUGGAACUCUAAGUUAUCUGCCCUUUUCGGCCGGACGACGCGUGUGUCUGGCCGAAUCACUCGGGAAAAUUCAACUUUUCCUGUUUAUCUCUCACUUAUUACACAAGUUUCGCUUUAGUGUUCCACACGACUCAAAGGCCCCGGAUUUGGAAGGAAUCUUUGGUGCCAGUUUAUGUCCCAAGCCUUACAGUCUAUGCAUUGAGAGACGCUACUAGACUGGCACUAUCUGAACAUGAAUCGACGUAAACCGACGUGAACAUUCUGAUUAUAAAUUCAGAUGGUUCCAUUUAUCGCCUGAAUAUGAUACAUCGCUUGAUCGGUAACAGACAAUCGGUGUUAGCCGGGAAAGAUUGACUAUUUGUCACGGUAUUUACAUAUCUGAAAGUGACACAAUUGAUACGUUAACUAACGCAAAUUUUCACAAUACGAGUCCAGAUGGAUCUAAAUAACGAACAUCUCUGAUCGAAUACUUGAUCAGUCGGAACUAAAAAUCAAUGCAGAACAUAGAUUAAACUUUUGUGACUGUCUAUUUAUUAACCUCGAAUGAGAAAAAAGGGAAAGAAUUCCUCUAAAAGUUUUCAAGUAAUUUAUUACCAGAAUAGCAUAAUAACCAAACACAUGACAAAUAUAAUUCAUGUAUAUCGUGAUGCCAAAUUUUGGCAAAUUUUCAGGACGAAUUGGGUUUUUCAAUGAUAGAAAACAAGAAAACUGCGUGUAAACUGACCAGUACAGUCAUG